GACGACUUUGAUGGGACCCCAGACAAGGCCCAAAGAUGGAUAUCAUCCACUGACUUACACUUUGACAUCAACGACACCAUUUAUACCUCUGACAAGAAAAAGGUGUACGUAGCUCUCAGCUACAUGAAGGACGGAACCGCCGCCUCAUGGAGUGAAGCCAAGAUGACCAAAUACAAAGACAAGAACGCCUACCCCCACAUGGGCAGAUUUUAUGAAAAC